UUGUCUUUUAGAAAAAAUGAAACACUUUAUUUUGAUUGGCAUUCUGGUUCAAUCCUAUUCAUUUGAACUUCAAAGUUUUUUGAAUGAUCCUCAGACUCCUAUGAAAGAUCUGGAAUGGAGAAGAUUUAAAAUUAAGUUUGGCAAAUUUUAUAGCAACGAUGAUGAAGAAAUAUCAAAAUAUUUGAACUGGAAAAAGAACAAUGAAAAUAUAAAAAUACAUAAAUCCGAAAACCACCCUUUCGAAAUAGGAAUAAAUCAGUUUUCUGAUCUGACUCAUGAAGAAUUUAUAAAGAUUUAUGGAGGAUGUUUGAAACUUCCAAAGGGUAAUGUAAAUAUCACGAAAGGAUCUACAUUUUUACCUCCUAAUAAUGUCAAUAUACCUGCAAAGAUAGAUUGGAGAACGAAAGGUUACGUUACCCAAGUCAAGGACCAAGGACUAGAGUGUGGAUCAUGUUAUGCAUUUAGCGCCACUGGGGCUUUAGAAGGCCAAACAUUUCGAAAAACAGGAGUUCUUCCUAUAUUGAGUGAGCAAAAUAUAAUUGAUUGCUCGUAUUCUUAUGGAAAUAAGGGUUGCCAUGGUGGUAUGAUGAAUAAUGCAUUUCAAUAUAUUAAAGAUAAUGAUGGAAUUGACAGCAAAGAGGGAUAUCCAUAUUAUGCUAAGGAACAUUAGUGUCACAUAGAGCAAAUUCGAUUUGGUCGAUAAGUUGAAAAGCGAUUGCUUGAAGAGGAUAAUAAAAUAAAUAGUUUAAUAGUAUAGCAAAAAAAACUACUAUUAUUAUGUUUUUGUAUGCUUAAAUUGUAAAUAAACAGAAAAUGUUAAAA